AUGCCCCGGUAUUGUCCGACUCGGAGGUUUGUCUCCUCGUGGAUUUCGCCGGCCGUGUACGUCUCUUCCGCAUGUGCUCCGUCGCAAUUCCCUCAGUCUUCUCCAAACUCCCCUUUCUCGAGCCCUGCACCUUCGGCUUCGUUUCCUUCUUCCGCUACGGCUUUCCACCAGCGUCACCUUUUCUCGUUCCAUUCGUCUUCGCCAUCUCGCCUGCGUUCUUCUGGUUCUUCGGGUUCAUCCCCUACCAGUUCGUCUCCUCCCUCUGUUUCUUCAGACCCCGCUUCCGCGUCCCCCCCGUCUACCUCGUCUUCGUUGGAGCUGCUGAAACAGUUGCGCGCCUUGACGAACAGCAGCGUCUCCACAUGCAGAGAGGCACUGGCUGCGUCUUCAGGCGAUCUCCGUGCCGCCGUCGACUGGCUCCGACAGCGAGGCUCUGCAGCGGGGGCAGCAGCCGCAGCAGCAGCCUGCCUCAGUACCGGCCAGGCACGAGAGGGAAUUAUUGCUGUCGCUUCGUGGAGGGUCAAAGUGCCGCCGGGACAGGUUUGCGGGAGACCAGCCUCGUCCCUCGUGGAAGACAACGCUUUCGAUGGCGAAGGAGCUUGCGUGGACACGAAACCGUUUGCCGAGGAGCCGGAGCAGGAGGAAGGAGAAGCUGGAGCGCGUGACGACGGAUGCAUGAGAGCACACGCCGAGUGGGAGGGCAGAGUGAUGAUCAAGCUGAGCUGUAACACAGACUUCGUUGCUCGAAACGAGCAAGUGACGUCUUUUGCGAGCCGCGUGGCCCGCAUUCUCGCAGACCUUGUCAGUAAAAAUACAGUAGAGAAUUAUCUGCGUCAAAUCAAGCGAACUUCAGCUUCUGAUGACCCUCUUUCCUCGCGUGAGCGGUCCGCCUCUCCACUGCCAGAGGCAGGGCCUGCUCUUGUCGAGCACCUUCUUAAUGCCUGCUGGCCUUUUUCGAGCACAGGGGAGUCAGCCCGCGAUUCGAACGCAGUUAACGGCUCGAGCGCAUGCAGUGGAACAGAGGGAGUUGAAGGCGAAUCGAUGGAACGUGUGGUUCGAGACGAGUUGCAUUUCCUGACUUCUCUGGUGGGCGAGCGAAUUUUAAUCGACGAUGCUGCAGCAGUGGCUGCUCGGAUCGGGGAAGGAGCUGUUGGAGCGUACCUGCACGACAAGAUAGGCGACACGGUGGGCUCUCUGGGCGUACUUGUGGCGCUGGACACGACGGAGAAGGGCGGCGAAGAGCGACAGGAGGGUCCAAAACGCCCAUCGAACGAACAUCGGGAUCGCGGAGAAUGCACGGCGGACAGCCAGCAGACAGAGGGCAGAGCGGAGCGCCUUGCUGACCUGGCGGAGAAGGUUGCUAUGCAGGUCGCGGCAGGGAAGCCGCUCGCUGUAGACGCAGCAUCUCUGGAUCCUGAUCUGUACGACCGCGAGGCUCGCGCUUGCCGCGCUCAGGCAGAGGAAAGCGGCAAACCGCCGGCAGUUGCCGAGAAGAUGGUGGCAGGCAGGUUGAAAAAGUGGUUCAAAGAAGUUCUUCUCUCUGAACAGACUUGGCUACUGGAUGACCGAGGCAAGUCCGUGAAGGACGUGCUGGCGGAGGUUGCAAAGCAAGAACGUCUCUCGGCGCCAUUGCGUAUCAAGACAGCAGUUCGAUUUUUCUUUCAGAGAUAA